AGUAAAAGUCUAAAAGAUAAGAUGGAGAGCUUACUGUGUGAUGAGGUUCUGCAAGAAAUCCUCCAACGCCUCCCUCCGUCGUCCUCCUCCGCCGUUCCUCUGGUGUGCAAGCGGUGGUCGAUUGUCCACCGCAAUUGCAGGUAUUCUCUCUUUCUCCGUUUUCCCUCAGCUAACCCUUCUUCUCUACCUGCCUUCUCCUCUUACCUCUCUCGUUUCCCUCGCGUUUCUUCCCUCACUGUCGUUCUCGUCCCCCCUUCCGAUAACUCCUCUCCCGUUGUCUCCUUUGAUGUUGUUCCUGAUUAUGAUGACGACGAAGAAACCAAUUCUUCUCUCUUGUCCGAUCAAAUCCUCCUUUCUGUGGCCUCCAAUUGCCCCAAUCUCCGCGACUUUAGAUACUUGGCCGGACCCGUCUCCCCAACUGCGCUUCUUUCUCUCUCUUCUUCUUGCAAGCACAUGUCCUCCCUCAGCCUCACCUCUAUCCGUCCUUUCUCUUUCCGCUGGCUCACCUUCUUCCCUGCCCUGAAGGACCUCUCCCUUGUUGAUUGCGGCAGCUUCGACUCCUCCAAUGACGAUGAAUCGGAAUUGGAAUUACCCUUGGAGAGCCUCUGCUUGUCUGAAAUUAGGGCCGGCGAUUGCGGCCUCGGUUGGCUGUGGAGGAGAUGCACCAAGCUCCGCAGGUUACAGUUGCGCAGCUGUGAAGGCACCGGUGACGGCGUCUCCUUCUCUUCCUUCGUAAGGUGCUUGCCCGGUCUCCAAGAAUUGGAGCUUCGGACUUGCAGGACUAUUGCAGAUGGUGUCUUGCUGCGAUUAGCCCAACACUGUGACUCGCUCUACUCUCUCCUCUUGUAUGAUGGGGGAAGCCGUGAUGGUCUCCUCCGCUUCAUCAGCCGUUGCAGGUCUACUCUGCGGAGGCUCGACUUUCGUCUACCUCUUGACCUCGACAACGAUCACCUCUCCGCUGUUGCAGAGAAUGUCAGGGAACUGGUCAGCCUUCGCCUCCAGAGCUGCUGCCUCGUCACAGGUGAAGGACUCAAGACCCUGGGCACCACCAUCAACGCCGGGCUUGAAGAAUUGGCCCUUAUUAACUGCGACGUGAUCGAGAAAGAACCUGGGUUGCUCACUACUUUGGGUCAAAGCCUCAGGGAGCUUCGUAAAUUGGACUUGUCCUAUAACAAAAUGUUACCGGAUAAGGAACUUGUUUCCAUGCUUGUCUCCUGUAAGAAUCUGGUUGAUGUCAAGUUGAAAGGUUGCAGAGGGCUCACGGGUGCUGCUCUGCUGUCCAUGUUAAACAACUGCAAGCUUUUGGAGACCAUCGACAUCAAACAUUGUUGUGGGAUCGAGACCGACACUGUUGAGUUCUUUCUUCUCAACUCCCCAAGAAUCAGACAGGUCCAUGUUGAAGAAAGCAAGCUCUCUGGUGUUGCCAAAACAUGGGUUUCCCAAAAAUUCAUCCAAAUUAUUGGUUGAACGACAAUUUGAUGGCGAAAGAUCAGCUCACUGGUACAAAUCCAUCCAUUCCUUCCACCGCUGAAUGUAAAUUAGUUUGAAGUUUGUGUGUUAGAGAAACAGAAGAGAGGAAAGAAGAAGCUCUCUCUGAGUCUCUGCUGUGUUGUUAUUCAAUAAUCUUAUUCAUACAAGCGUAUGUAUCAAUUUAGAGUCUUAAUCUCGUCCUCCAAGAGGGCAAAAUCUCAUCUAAUAAGGCCUGGUUUUUUUCGUUCUUUGUUGAAAUUACUGCAAAUAUUGUUGCCCAUCUAAAUUGGGCUCUAUUGUUAUGUAAUAAAAAAAAAUUUCCAGCUCAAAUUUUGAU